AUGCCACAGUACCGCUGUGAACGCUUUGGCAGCCAUGACGAUACCUGUGGUAACAGCGAGCCGUGCCAUGUCUUGCUCACGGCACAACUCGACUGCUGUUAUAAUCAUGCACCGCCGCUCGUCGUGCCACAAACCCCUGCUCACGGAGGAGAACAAGCACGAGCGCCUGUCGCACAUACCCAAGCUGCUAUCGAUGCCUACUAUGGUGCACAUGUGGGGUACUAUGGGCACAUGUCGCACAUACCCAAGCUGCUAUCGAUGCCUACUAUGGUGCCGACGGUGAUUCCGCAGAAUGACGCCAGGACCGGCACGAUGCCCGAAGUCGACGUUUUGGGCAUGUGGGACGGACGUCGUGCAUCUUGA